AUGAAAAAGGUAAGCGAAGACGAGUCGACAUUUGAAGAUUGUCUCGAGAGAAAUCGAAUCGAAUCAGUCGAUUUAAAUUCCCCAAACAAUUUAUCAUCAGAGAAAAAUUCCUUACAGACUAAGGCUGUGAAACUGUUGAAAAUCGGGAUACCAGGUCGCAGAAAUUUCGCCCACAGGGAUGCUACGCAGAAAAGACGGGAGUUGGUCGUGAUGUCUUGCUACAAUUGCUGUGGUUGUUGCUACGAGGAAGAAGACGAUCACAGAAUUGAGCAAUCAGGAAUUUCAAGUGGUUACAGUCGUGCAAGUAGUACUUACAAUCACAGUGAUAACAGUUCAAACAGUGAUAACAGUCUUAGAAUUGCAUCAGGUAUCUCAGCCUUCUUAUCUCUUAUCAUCGUAUCUGUAGCCAUUGGUACGGGCGAGUGGCUUUUCACAGAGGAAAAGCUACCGAAAGCUUUCUCGUCGAACGCUUCUGUCGAACCGGAUUCUAAGGUGACUUACAGUGGCCUCUGGAGAGUCUGCGUAGCUACAAACGCUGUCACAAAGUCCGCAAUGUUCUUCUUUAUAGCAACAUUGCUACUGGUAGUUGCCGAAGUUUGCUACUUUGCUGCCCACGUAUCCCGUCCGAGGCACCAGCUGUGUGUUUUCGUAGCCGGCGUGAUCUUCACCAUUUGCGGCUUGCUGAUGCUCGUCGGAAUGAUCAUGUACAUAUCUGUGUUUAAAGCGGAGGUUGGAAGUAAAUUAAGACCCAGAUCAUCUUUUCAGGGUCCACCAUUCACAUACAGAUAUGGGUUCUCUUUUUUGUUGUACGUCAGUGGAUUUAUCACAACCGAAGUUGCUGGUACUUCCGCAAUAUUUCUCUACAUAUCUUGGCAUCAGCGAGACUUUGGGAAACGAGAAUUAAACCGAAAAAAUUGCGAGGACGUUUAUCACUUGAGUAAUCACGUUCAUCAGCAAAACUUUCAUCCCAGUCACUCUCAUCAGACUCACAGCAGUUUCUUGUGUGAGAGACAUCAAAAACGAUACUACUUUAGCAAAGAUUCUGUGGAUCAAGCGGAUUUCGAUGAAUUCCUUCCACCUCUUCCUAGUCUUGAUUACCACGAGUACCCAAGACAAUUUCCGCGCGACCUUACUACUCAGACGAUUAGUACGACAGCUGAUGUGCUUAAUGAUGAAUGUGGAUCAAACAUGCAGCAUGAAUUUGUUACCUUUGACUUUGAAACACCUUUUCCACCGGUCCCACCAAUCAAAGGGAGUAGUGAAUGGCCACUCGAAGCAUUUAGACGUACUACUCCAAUACGCAAAGCUUGUAGAAAAUCCUGCGAGUUCCUCAGAUAACGAAAGUUCAGAGAAUGAAGGAGAAAAAAAAGUUAAAAAAACAAAGAAAGUCAAAGUUGAAGUACUGCUCAGCCACAAAGAAGAUGAAAUCCAAUUAAUUGUUUCUCCCUGAAGCUCAUUGUGACUUAAAUUUGUUUCUAUUACUGCCACCAAUAC